AUGUGAUGAAGAGGAGGAAAAACCCAAGGAGCCGUCCAUGCUCCGUGUUGUUCUCCACCACUGUAUGACCAAUGGCGGCCUCAUCAUCUUCCUCGUUUGCUACACCUGUAUGGGCGCUGCUGUAUUCCAACGACUGGAGGCUCCUGUAGAAGAGGAAAAGGCCGAAACACUCCGCCUGGAGCGGUUGACACACAGAAACCUGUUUCUCCAAAACGUUAAAGACCAUAAUCGGGUGGCAUUGACGGACGAGGCAGAGUAUCAAGAAUUGACGAGUACAUUUUUGGAGUCGUAUGAGCAAACACUAGGGGUCCUCGUUGUAGAAACAGAAGAGAACCCCCUUUCUAGCUGGAAUUUCUAUGGCUCUAUGUUUUUCGCUACUACAGUAUUAACAACAAUAGGUUAUGGUAACAUAGCUCCAGUGACGGUGGGUGGUCGAGUAUUCUGCAUGGUGUAUGCAGUCUUCGGGAUAGCUCUUCUUUUACUAGUCCUGGCGAGCAUCGGUACUUUACUGGCCCGCGGGGCAACCCUGGGCUACAGACGCAUCCUCAAAAGGAUCAAGAAAAAACGCAGCAAAGACGAAACUGACGUCAUCACUUUCCAGCGCGAUCCUCGAGCGCAGGAAGUCAUGGACGAGGGAUGGAAAAACGAUGACGGAGAUACGCAUAAGAUCGACAUCCAGGGGAAGAAUGGCGAGAGCUUAGGCGUGGGCGAGAAAAGGGAUUCCUCGAAUGUGGAAACCGAGGAACCAGAAGCAGAACCGCCAGAACCAGAAGCGCAAAUUCCUCUAACUUUCGUCCUCGUGUUUGCCUUUCUGUAUAUUUGCUUUCUGGCUAUGCUACUGCAAGCGUGGGAAGACCAAUGGGACUAUUUCGAAGCCUUUUAUUUUUCUUUCAUUACCCUCACGACCAUUGGGUUUGGUGACUUGGUGCCGCAUCACCAAAAGAACCUGCUAGCAUGUACCUUCUUCAUUCUCCUAGGUAUGGCUAUAAUGUCAAUGUGUAUUGCCCUUGCCCAGGAGAUGAUCAUCCAGAAGGUAGCGUGGCUCAGUAAGAAAAUUGGUGUUGCGUUUGCAAGUCACAAGCAGAGAAAAAGUGGAGAAUCGUCGUAACGGCAACCAUGAAGGCUUCGUCAACAUCUUCGUUAUGCCUUUGAACUGCUCCACCAGAAUAUGUUAAACAAAGAGGCGUGAUAACUGAUUUGAACUUCUACUACUUAAUGAUCCACUGAUUUGUGUGCAGUUUGCACAUGGACUGAGACGUCCUAAUGACAUAAAGUGCCUCGCAGCCAUUGUAGGAUUACGUUUGACAAAGCACAUGGUGUCUAUGAUUCCGUCGUAGAUGUUAGAACACAACGUGACUUGGCACAUUUGAUUGAUUGAAAACAAAUUUGCACAUAAAUUAUUAUCGAUAGCGUUAUAACCCGAUGUUAAAAUGCAUGUUUAUUUAUUUUCCGAGUGUAAAAGACUGGUUCGAGAAGAAACAAUUAAUAUAUCCGAUGGGCAAAGUGCAAAAGGGAUUGCUUAUUGCAGAUCGAGAUAGUUUGUAGUCCUGUAAUAUCACCUAGGUAUAGAGCGUGAUACCAGUGAUGUUUAGCACGGGUAUAGGUUGAUGGAUCGCAAGUAAACAAAGCAAUGUUGUACCUCUUCAUUUUCUCUCUCUUCGUAUCCCUCUCACUCUCUCUCUCUCUCUCUCU